AUGACGCUCUACUACACUCUGGUGUUCAUGCUUCUCGUUUUCGAGAUGCUCGUCUUCCUCGCUCUGAUCGUGCCUCUCCCGUACACCUUCAAGAGAAAGCUUUUUGCUUUCAUAUCAGAAAGCCCAGUAGUAGCGAAGUUGCAGUAUGGAUUGAGGAUUACCUUCAUUUUCAUCCUCAUCCUCUUCAUCGACAGCGUCAACCGGGUCUACCGUGUGCAGCUGGAGAUGAGCGCUUUCAGCAAGGAUUCUACCGGUAUAGGCAGAGCCGCUGCCCUCGGUACUGAGCGCAUGGAAGUCCAGGCUCGCAAGUUCUACUCUCAGCGCAACAUGUACCUUUGCGGAUUCACACUCUUCCUUUCCUUGAUUCUCAACCGUACCUACAUCAUGAUUGUCGAAGUCCUCCGUCUCGAAGAUCGCAUCAAGCUUCUCGAAGGUGACAAGAAGGCCGGUGGCAAAGACGCCGCACGUAUCGCCGAAGCUGGUAGCGUUGGUGAAAUCGGACGUCUUAAGAAGGAACUCGAAGCCAAGGACCGCGACAUUGAGACUCUCAAGAAGCAGGCCGAGGGCCUGCAGCGCGAGUACCACAACUUGGGCGACAAGCUCACAGAGUCUGACAAGGCUCCUAAGAAGGACCGAUAA